AUGCUGCGUCUGGAGGGCCCCUGCUGGGUGGGCCUGGGGCCAGAUGGGGGCUUUGCUGUGAGUGAGGAGUUCGGGGCUGUUCGGCAGUUCCUGCCACCCCGGGCUUCGGGGGGCCUGCCAGGGCCUGCCUUUGGCAGCCCAGCCUGUGUGUGCACUGACUCAGAGGGUAAUGUCAUUGUGACAGACAAGCAGCAGUGCCAACUGCCCCUGCUUCCCUGGGCUGCGGCACCUACCUGCUUGGUGUUAAAGGGGCUGGGGCAGCCCUUGGGCAUGGCCUGUGCGCCACAGGGCCAGCUCAUGGUGGCGGAUGCAAGAGGCAGCUACAUCAAGAGGUACCGGUGA